AUGAAGAUACAUCCGCAACUUUAUUCAAAAAACCAACGUAAAGGUCUUAGAAAUAGGAAAAAUUGGUUCACAGAACCAGACGUUAACCAGCGUCAGGAUGACGGUAUGUUUUCAUUAUUGGCUACAAGUUUACGUCAUCAGACCAAAGAAUUUUUCAACAACUCAACUUUACAUGGAGUUCGCUAUAUAGCUGAAAAGGAACGACCUUUUUGUGAAAAAUUUAUGUGGUUCAGUUUUACUGCUAUUGGAGCAGUAGCAACUUGUAUAAUCAUCGUUAGCUUAUGGGAAAAAUUUCAAACGAAUCCUACAAUAACAGGGUUGGAUACAGAUUUUCAUAAUUGGGAUGUGCCUUUUCCUGCCGUCACGAUAUGUGACAGAAAUCCUAUCGACGAAGAACUAUUAUCAGAAUACAUUAAUACAAUAUGGGGUACAGAACCUCCGGCAAAAGCGGAUGAGAUGCUAAAAUGGCUGUCUACACUGAGUUAUCAAUCAAUAGCGCGAGCCUCUGAAUUUGUUAUGGAUCCUGAACUUGUUGGCAAAAGUGAUAUCGAUGCAUCAAUUCCGGCUCUUCAUCCCAAGGAUGCGGUUUUUAGCAUUGUACGACACUGCGAAAAUGCAUUCUAUGAUUGUGAAUGGAAAGGAGAUUCUGAAGAGUGUUGCGAUUUAGUAGCUCCUGUGUUUACUGAAAUGGGUUUUUGUUACGCUUUCAAUUCUAAACACGCCGAAAAAUCAUGGCCAUGGCAAACACAAACGGAUCAAUUUUCGGAGGCUUACAUUCACGAAACUGAUUCCAAAUGGUCAUUUAUGUUUAACUCCUAUCGCAACGACUCUACUAUUGACAUUUUUAUUCAUUCUACAGAAGAAAUGGCUGGAUUGGAACAAAGCAUCCAGCAUUCUUGGGAUAGACGUGUGGAAAAAGUUUCGUUUUCAGUGAAACAUACAUAUACAACAGAAGACGCACGGCAACUCUCAGUUCGCCAACGCCGUUGUAUUUUUGCAGAUGAACAACGCUUGGAAACGUCGAAUAUUUAUACGUACACGGCCUGCAUGCGUCAAUGUCGUAUGCAACGCAGUCGGUCAUAUUGCAAAUGUGUUCCACAUUUCUACCCAAAAACUAAGGGCUAUCGAUAUUGCACUGUGAAAGAAUUAGAAUGCAUAUCGAAACACGUGGCUGCCAUUACAGAUGUGACACGUUGCAAUUGUGAAUUGGGUUGCACUCAUACUGUUUAUGAAGUAGAAAAGUUGACGGAAAUCGACAUAAGUAAAGGUCCAGUAGCAACUAAUUCAUUGGAGACUGAGUUUGUUUCUUGGCCCAUGGUUCGGUAUAAACGAGAAGUCUUAUUUGGUUGGGUCGAUUUAUUGGUAUCGUUCGGCGGCAUAGCAGGUCUGUUCCUCGGCUUCUCAUUACUAUCCGGGGUGGAGCUGGUAUAUUAUUUCACGUUGCGUGCGUGCUGCGCGGCCGUGCGCGACGCAGACACGCUGCGCAAGGAGCGGGCCGAGAGACUGGCGCGCCCGAAACCGCCGCAUGACCUUAGUCUCGUUCCUUGGUGGAAACAACCGCCGCCACCACCGAUAUCGAGACCACUGAAAGUCCGACCAAAGGAUGUAAAGCCUUCAAAAUAUUCACCUCCGCCGGGUUAUACUGAAUAUUUGCCUUAAUGUUGUCUCAAAAUUGUUACCAAAUUGUGUAGUCUAUAUAAUCUCUUGGUGACAUUUACGUACGUAGUUUCUUGUGAUGAAAUCCUUUGUUAUAUUUUAUUGCAAUAUUCCCUUGAUCCGUACGCUUAAUAUAUGUGACGAUCAUCAUUUCAUAUGUGGUAGUCGAGCACGC